AGGCUUGGCCCGUCAGCCUGUCGCCUUGCACUGUGGCUCUGGCGCCUGUGCUGUGACCCCUGCCCCUGGCUGAUGAUGAAACCUGGCCUGAGCGGAGAUGUAGUGACACCAGGCAGUGUUGGGGGAUGCUUCUGGAUCUCCCUGUGGUCGAACGUGCAGCCCCCAUGCAACUCCAUCCACUCCCAGGAUAUAGGCCUGCCAGGCGCCACCAUGCUGAGUUCACCAUGCAUGCACCCCAAAUGUCCCCAACUGGUGUCUUCCCGCUGAGAGCCCUGUCUCCUUUUCCUGGCCAUUACUCGGUUUGAGACCCUCUUUGAGUGAGGGUGUGUGCAGCAGGAAGAGCCUAACAUGGUGUGAAUGGGGAGGCAGAUGGCAAGGGGCAGCCUUGAUUUCCCAGGGGCCCCCAUUCUUACUGUUUUGAAUGAGCUCGGCUGUAGUUCAGGGCAGGGGAGAAGUUUUCAUUCCUUGGCAGCAGCAUCUCCAGGCUCCAGUAAGGUUGACACUGGAUGAUCUAUGAGUCAGAGCCCAAAUGGCCAAAGUCCCAUCUCUGGAAUUAAGUUUGUGGGUCCUCUGGGCGCUGUGUACCCACCACCUGUGGCCAGAACAGUCAGGAGCCUUGGCUCUCCCCGCCCAGUGGUGCUCUAAGGCAGUGGUCGCCAACCGGACCACUGGUGGGAUGUGAGGUCCGAAAGGUUGGCGACCGCUGUUCUAAGGGACCAGCUCUCCCCCCAAAAGAACCCUGGUUUGUAGUGUUGGCUGAUGUGGUGGACAUACCCCAUUGCUGGUGUCCAGAUACCAACAUGAUGCCACCGAAUGUGGAGGUGGGAUGAGAUGUGCACAGUGGCUCUGUGGAGCCAGUAUGAGCCGGGUCUAGCCCAGCCCACUGACCUGUGUUUGGAGGAGGCAGGAAAGCCUGGUGAUAAGAGCACAGGCCUCAGAGUCAGGCUGCCUAGUCUGGAGUGCCAGCUCUGCCUCUGAUCUUGACAGAGCCCCAUCUUGGCCUUCAGUUCCUCUCCUGUCAAGGGAGGAAAGCAAGCCGGGUAGGCAUGGUGGGCUCCUAAGAGGGAGCAGCGCCUGGGAAGCCAGGUCCUUGGAAAUGGGCUGAGUAGGCAGCGAGGGCCCUGAAUACAGUGCAGAGCCCAGAAUGGGGCAGCAGGCACUGCUUUGAGGACAGGCGGGCCUGGCUAGGUUAACACACAAGUGAGCCAGUACACCUGCUGGGGCAUGAGGUGCAGCCACUGCUGUUGCUGCUCUUCCAUGGUCCCAUGUUCACAGGAACAUUUUCCAGAUACCAGGCCACUUCUUAAGGUUCGGACACUUGUAAAAGUAUGCUCGUGCAGGCUCAAACUCCUGCAUCUGGCUGUUGCAGUGUUCUCUACAGAACAGAACCCGAAGCUGGGGGAAUGGUAUGUGGCACCCCAGAGGACCCUGACACCAGAGCUGUCCUAGACCUAACAGCAGGACACCAGCCAGACGGCACAAUGGCACUGAAUGUGCGGAUCCAGGCUGCCUGUCUCCUGCUCCUCCUCCUGGCCAGCCUGGCCAGUGCCUCAGCUCUGCACCAGACAACACAGCUUGCAGACCUCCAGACCCAGGAUACAGCUGGAGCCACAGCUGGCUUGAAGCCUGGGCUGCAGAGGCUGAGGAGGCGAGACACUCACUUCCCCAUCUGCAUCUUCUGUUGUGGCUGCUGUUAUCCAUCAAAGUGUGGGAUCUGCUGCAAGACGUAGAGUCUCCCUGCCCUCCCCUCCCUCCUUUAUUUAUUCCUGCUGCCCUCUAACACUUAGUAAAUGGUCUCGGAAUAAAAUGACUGU